AUGCUGCUGAUAAUUAAAGCUCUUCUUCUCCUCGUUAUAGCUGCUCUAGGACAGGAUCACAGAGCAGCUGUUGAAGAACAGAUAUUUUCACUUGAUAUGGCAAAAAAAUCAGUUGAUGAUCAAUAUAAGGGCUGUAGAGAGAAAAUGGCAGAAAAGGUGAAGACGGUAUUUCUAAACAAGGAAAUGAAUAACUCACCUGGUUUUAAAAAUGCUUGGAAAAAAGGUGUAGACUUUGUCAAGACCCAAAAUGACAAGCUGACAAAGAAUCAUUCAAUCGCUAUUUAUGUGUACAGUGAGUGUAAUAUAUAUACACUUUUUAAUAAUGACACUCGUUCUGGUAAAAAACAGUACAAAAAUGAAACAUACAAAUGGUAUUCACUUUACUUUCUGUUAACAGAAGCGAUACAGCUUCUGAAGAAAACACAAAACAAAUGCUAUUCAACUUUUCGUGGUACCAAAGCUGAAUUUGAUAAGCAUGUCCUGAACAAAGAAGUUCGUUUUGGCCAGUUUGCUUCUUCCUCUCUUGUUCGUAAAAAAGCACAGCGUUUUGGAAAUGUAUCUUGUUUUGAAAUCAAAACUUGUGAAGGUGCUGAUGUGUCAAAAUAUUCAAAGCUUUCUCAUGAGAGAGAGGUGCUGAUUCCUCCAUAUGAGAAGUUUAAAGUCACUGCUGUCAGGACAAGAAGAGAUGAGAAAGAUCUCUGGUGUGACACUGUGUACACUUUGAAAAACUCUGGAAAAACAAGUGACCUGAACUGUGCGCUAUUCAGGAGACCAACCAUGACCAUAAUGAAGUAA